AUGCAUCUGUUAUAUUAUUUGGUAGUGUUCGUUUUGCCGUUGUACCUCGCUCAAGUAACGGUAUCAAACGAAAGCGAACAGCCAAUACGAGCGGGACUAGAAAAUGAUGACAAAAUAGGGAUGGUGAAUAAUGAUUGUAAAGCAAACGAAAAGCGGUUCAAAUGUAGCGAAUGCGGUAAGCAAUUUAGUCAUGCAGGCAAUCUGAAACGCCAUAAGAUGAUGCAUACCGAUGAAAAAAAUUACAAAUGUGAGAUAUGCGAUAAGGUAUUUAAACGGUCCGACAAAGUGAUCGAUCACAAAUUUGUGCACAAAAAUGAACGACCAUUCGAAUGUAAAAUGUGCAAUAACACUUUCAAACUGCGCCAUCAUCUAAAAGGCCACAUGACGACACAUACGGACGAAAGGACACAGAAAUGCAACGUAUGCAAUAAGGAAUUCAAAUACUUUAAAGAUCUGCGGAGACACAAAUUGAUGCACGGCAAUAAAAUAUUCAAACAGUCUGACAAUACGAACGAUCACAAACUGAUGCAGAAGGAAAAACGACCAUUCGAAUGUAAAAUGUGCUAUAACACUUUCAGACUGCGUCACCAUCUGAAAAGCCAUAUGACGACACAUACGGAGGAGAAGACACAAGAAUGCAACCUAUGUGGUAAAAAAUUCAAAUACGCUGGAGAUCUGAGUAAACAUAAAUUCACACACGGAAACGUACGAUUCGAAUGUAAAGAAUGUGGUAGGAAUUUCACUCAGAAAGCUAGUUUAAAUAGACACAUGAAAAUGCAUAAAAGUUCAAGUGAAAAGCUCUAUUCUGUACUAAGCUCCUUAAUGAUAUCGAUAGCAGAUGAUAUCAUUGAUACAGAAAUAUCAAUAAGGGAAAUACUUAGAUUCGCAGGACUAUAA